UUUUUUCCUCUACUUUGUGUUGAUAGGUCGCUGGACUCUGGAAAGCUCCUCUGGCUGUUUGACGAACUGAAGAUUUAAGUGCCAAGGUGAUAGCAAUGAAUAGUGUGAAGGCAAAUACCCUGGUGCGUUUCUACAACCAGCUGAAAACUACCUGGAGUCCACCAGCAGUGCCAGCACGACUCUGCAGCCUCGCCACCUCCACUCAUAAAACCAGGAAUGGUGCAUUGCAUCCACUCUGGCAGAGUCCGCUUACAAUUCCUGGAGGCACCCGACAGUCUCCUAUCAAUAUCCAGUGGAGAGACAGUGUUUAUGACCCCUUCCUGAAGCCUCUGAAAAUCAGCUACGACCCAACAACGUGUCUUCACAUCUGGAACAAUGGAUAUUCAUUCCUGGUUGAGUUUGAUGAUUCUACUGAUAGAUCAAUAAUCGAUGGAGGUCCCUUGGAAAAUCAAUACAGGCUAAAGCAGUUCCACUUCCACUGGGGAGCCAUGAAUGACUGGGGUUCGGAGCACACAGUUGACUGUAAAUUUUACCCAGCAGAGUUGCAUUUAGUACACUGGAAUGCUGUUUUGUACCCUACGUUUGAAGAAGCUGUAAUGGAAGGUAACGGCUUGGCUGUUAUUGGAGUGUUUUUAAAGCUAGGAGCAUGUCAUGAAGGGCUGCAGACACUGGUUGAUGCCUUGCCAGCAGUUAAACACAAAGACACUGUUAUCGAGUUUGAUGUCUUUGAUCCCUCCUGUUUGAUUCCUUCAUGCCCUGAUUAUUGGACGUACGCAGGCUCUUUGACUACUCCCCCACUUACUGAAUCAGUCACAUGGAUUAUUAAGAAGCAGCCCAUAGAGGUUGAUGAGAAUCAGCUGGAGGCAUUUCGGAUGCUGCUCUUUACUUCAGAUGGUGAAGAAGAAAAGAGAAUGGUAGACAACUUUCGCCCUCUUCAGCCAUUAAUGAAUCGAACCGUCCGUUCAUCCUUCCAAAGCAGGCAUCUCUUGAAUGCUGAAGUGCAGCCCAAGGACCAUGCUGAGCAGAUGAGGCCAUAGAUGGCCCAUGAAAUGUCAGUCCAGACUUCAGUAUCCGGCUAUAACAGACUUAUUUUUUCGAUUAGUUUUCUUUUUUCUUCAGUAUAUGUCACAACAGUUUCACAGCCAGCCAGCUUCUGUUCUGCUAAGUGCCAUUUGACUUUCAGUAGAGAAGCUGUGGAGUUUCUUAGUUUUAAUUUUUUUUUUUUUUUAGAAGUAAAUAAUAUUAACCUGCAACAAAUUGACUUGCUUUAAAACGGGAAUCACUAAGGAAAUAUUUUGACAGCUAAAGGAAGAAUAAGGGCAGGAGAUCUUUUCUGAAUUGUUCUGCCUCUUUUCUGAAUUGUUCUGUCUUUCUUCAACUGCUCCUUCAAGUGACUUGCACAAAUUAGUAAUCCCAACUGAAAACAUGCUGUCAAGCAGGAAGUGUGAAAAAGUGUAAAGUAUUAGGGUUGUGAUCAGUGGCACCGAGUCUAGUUGGGAACCUGUAACUAGCUGUGUCCCCCAGGGGUCAAUACUGGGCCCAGUAUUGUUCAACUUGCUCAUCAGUGACUUGGAUGGAGGGGUAGAGUGCCUGCCAUGGGGAGGAGUGGCUGAUAUCGCUGAGUGCUGUGCUGUCCUUCAGAAAGAUCUGGUCAGGCUGGAGAGAUGGAGAAGAGGAACCUUUUGAAAUUCAGCAACGGCAAGUGCAGAGCCCUGCACCUGGGGAGGAAUAACCCCAUGAAUCAGUGCAGGUUGGGGGCUGACCUGCUGGAAAGCAGCUUUGAGGAAAGAGAUCUGGGAAUCCUGGUGGCCAAGUUAUCCAUGAGCCAGCAGCAAUGUGCCCUAGCAGCCAAGAAUGCAAAUGGUGUGCUGGGAUGCAUGAGGAAAAGCAUUGCCAGCAAGUUGACGGAGGUAAUCCUCCGUCUCUCCUGAGCCUUGGUGAGGCCUCACCUGGAGUACUGUGUUCAGUUUGGGCUCAUGGAGCAAGUCCAGUGAAGGGCUACUAGGAUGAUGAAGGGUCUGCAGCAUCUCUCCUAUGAGGAAAGGCUGAAGGAGCUGGGUCUGUUCAGCCUGGAGAAGAGAAGGCUCAGGGGGAUCUGAACAAUGUAUAUAAGUAUCUGAGAGGAGGGUGUCAAGGCUCUUCUUUUGGUGCCGGGUGGUAGGAUGAGAGGCAACUGACAUAAACUAAGCCACAGGAAGUUCCACCUGAACAUGAGGAAGAAACUCUUUACUGUGAGGGUGACUGAGCAUUGGAAAAGGUUGCCCAGAGAGGUUGUGGAGCUUCUUUCCCUGGAGAUAAUUCAAGAGCCAUCUGGACACAAUCCUGAGCAAUGUGCUUUGGGUAACCCUGCUUGAACAGGGAGGUUGGACUGGAUGACCUCCUGUGGUCCCUUCCAGCCUUAACCAUGCUGUGAUUCUGUGAUUAAUACUGAUCAGGUUGUUUUGUGGAAUUGUUUGAGGUUUGGGAAGAGAACUAGCUUCUCCAGUCAUAUAUACAGAGACAUUUUAUUUUCUUCCUUUUUCCUUCAUGGUUAUGAUGCCAAGAGGAGAAGGGAAAAAUGACUUAAAGAAUCUAUUUCCAUUCUAUUGACUCUGUGAUCCAUGUUUGAUAUGGUUGCCACAGAAUGUUCACUCUAUUUACAUCACAAGCCAGAAGACUUUUUUCUAAGACCCUAUAACAAAUGUAGAAGCUUUUAGCUUUGGCAGCUUUUACUUUUUGGUAUUACUAAUGUACCAGAGCAGAAAAGAAUUCACCAGUAUCUCAAGAAUGGCAAAAAUGUCCAAUUGAUACCAGGAAACUGAUCACAUCAAAGGAAAGCAAAAUUAAAGAAGCCCUGGCUGACCCUUCCGAUGGGAUUUAGGGAAAAAAACAAAACAAAAACCCACAACAAUUUCUGAAACCUAAUCCAGCGCUAGGAGAGCAUGGAAAAAAUGCGGCAUUUAGAUACUUGAAAGAUUUAUUUUCAGUGACUCAUAGAGCACCAGUGCACUCUUCCGUGUUUUAUCUUCACGUACUUUUAUAAAAAGAGUUACUUAGCUUCAGGACAACUGGGGAUCAGAUUGUAUUUAUAGCACCUUACAGUAAUGAAGUUAAGUGGUGGUUGAAAUUUAUUUGGGGAUCAGACAAAAUUGUUGUAUAAGUUGCCAGCUGUAGAGCCUUAUCCUAGAGUUAUGGUCCAAUUGCUGCAAGUAUUAUCUACCUCUGAAGCUUUCUACUACUACUAGCCGUAAUUUUCUGUCGAGCACCUUUCUCACUGGCUUUUAAUGCUUUACUGUAUUUAAAAGUGUGCCUGUGCAUGAAGUUCAUGUACUAAAUGUAUGGUCAGAUUUUCUGAUGAGGAGGAGAUCUGUCUGUGAUGUGAUCCUGACUGAUUGUAUUUGAGGAGUCUUCUUGGAGAACAGCUCUUACUUGGUCUGCUUCUGCCAGUAGGCAAAGUCACUGGUGUGAUUCAGCACAAGUGAAGCCAGGGCACCAGCUUGUCAAUGCUAAAUUCAGAAAUUCAGAAUCAAUACUUUUCUAAGUCCAAGUGUUCAGUUUAAAAGCACUUUAACGCUUUUUAGUGUGACCCUGAUGAUUUUAAGGCUUUUGAAUAUUCUUGUUUUACCAGUUAAGUGCCCAGUUCCUGCCUUUGCUGCUUUAAUAGCUCUACCUCAGGCUGUUGUUUAUGUUGCAACAGUUGUGCCUUUCUCCUUGGCAACUUGAAAUGUGGCCACUUAACUUUAGAGUAACUCUACAUGGUAAAUGUAAGAAAAUCUGUCUUCUAUCCCAACUUAUAUUUACUGUGUAGUGCAUCUUCAGUUCUUUUAACCCUUGCAAGCCCUUACUGCUUAGUUGAACCUUACUGUCUUGGCUGAACUCUUGUCAAACUACACCAUCUGUACCAAAUGAUUGAACUAUGCAUCUUUGGCAUCAUCAGACAGACUUUUUACUAUGUUCCUGGCCUGCAGAAUCACAUCAGUGAUGAUUUUGUCAGAGAAUGACAGGUUCCAAAAUAAUUUCAGAAGGGAUAUUUACAGCUCUGGCAAUAGGAAAAGAAUUCUUUUACUUUCUGCCUGAAUGUACAUGAUCUAGACGUUGUCAAGCUUGAGGUUUUUAUUUCAGAACUGUUCUUGCAAAUGUUUUUCUGAGGAGGAUCCUAUAAAAAGAUGGCAGUGAUUCAGAGCUGGCAUAUAUCUUGUCUAUCUGUGAGAUUUUUUUGCUACUCUUUAUUAGCAGUUAGAAAAACUGUAGUGUAAAGAUGUCUUAAUGUUGCUUUCACAUUUAAAAAUACAGGUCACUCAGCAGCCCUAACCUAGCUGUAGGUAGCCUGCAUCAAUAUCCCUGACAUAUAUGAAUGGGUCUUAAAAAGCUUCAUGCAAUUGCUCAAAAAUUUUUAGUUGCCUUGGUAAUUUCCAAAGUUUUUCUGUACCUUUUAUCCACUGAGCUUGUUUCACUGGUUAAUAUCACUUUCUUAGCAUAUGCAGAUACAAAAUACAUAUUUUGUUCUUAGGGAACUGCUACAGUGUAAAUGUUUAAUGCUUCUUAAUGCUGUAGUUUGCUUAUAUCCAACUGAGUUCUCAAUAGUUAGGUUUGUUCCACUGAACCAAAUUGGAAUUUUUUUUUUAGAGAAUAGGUGUAUUAUCCAGUCAUACAGUUAAUAAGCUGUACUCCAUACAUACUUAGAUAAAAUCACAUCCAAGUAUACCAAUAUAAAAGAAAUCCAUUUCAAUUUCAGCACAAAUAUCUGAAUACAGGGACAACUUAGAAAAAAUUUACUGUGCUACAAAAAUAACCUUUACAGGGAUUUUCUGUUACAAUUAUUUUACUGGGUUUGGAGUCUUGCAUUUACAUGUUAGUGUUUUAGCAUCUCUGGUUAAGGUAGGCAGUAUCUCAGUUGUAGGGUGGAUUCUUGUUGAAAUUACCUGUCUGGAAUUGAACAGAAAGGUGUUUUGGUUUGAUUUUUCUUUUUUUUUAAGCUUUUAUGUUCAUUUAUACGAUGACUGUAUUUGCCUUGCAAGUUAACUUCAAGAAGAAUAAUUAUAUGUGCCUGCACAUGAGAUGGUAUAGAAUUCUUUUGACUUACUCUCUCAGUUGCCUGGAGGGAAAUUGAUUUGGUUGUUGGACUGGAGCUAAUAUUUGUAAUGAUUUUGCACAAUUGAGUUAGACUCUAUUUGAAAGGUGUCUGCGUAGGAAUCUCCCAGCUCUUUUUUAGAUGGUACAAUACGAAAGGGUCAAAGCACAUGUGUAUUUGUCCUUGCAUAGUAGUCACUUCUGUUACUCCAUACUGUCUGGGAGGCAUCCCUGUGGCAAGAAGUGCUAGGAAUUAAGGAAUGUAACAGAAUUUUGAGGACAGCUUACUGAAAAGGGAGUAGAAGGCUUUUGAGUGUAGAUACAACUCUGUUGGUCUGACUUGCAACUGCCUUUCUGUUCAGUGUCAUUCUUACUAGAAGUCUUGUUCUUCAUGACUUCUGAUUAAACAUUUGAAUGUUAAAUCCAUGUUCCUACAUCCCAGAAUUUUCACACAGUGUAGGCCACCAGGUGUACCUGGACAGGCUUUUGUUGUCUCCUAUUAUGAAUGGCUUGCUUUGGUAUUUUUACUGCAAGUCUGGCAGGAGUGUGUCUUUUGGCUUUGAAAGCUGUAGAAAGAGAGAUUGCUUUGAUCUCACGAAAAUAUACUGGGGUUUAGAGUACUGGAAUUUCACGCGGCUUUUGAGGAAGAGUCCCUUUUUCUGCUCAACUUCAUAGUUAAUAGUAUUUGCUUUAAAAUGUGCAUGCCUUAAUUUUUAAUGUCUUAACUUGUAUUUCUUAGCACACCUUUGCUGUAUUCUUUGUUCACCUUGUUUUCGUGGCAGUUAUUAGAUUGUGUAUUUUAAUGUAUGUUACCUGUCUGCUCAUAAUUUACUGAAAUAAUUGCCCUUGCAGAUGGCAUAUGUAACAGGGAAUGCCUUUUGUUCUCCUAGGAUACAGGUCUUUUCCCUCAGUUUUUACCUGAUGUAAAGAAACUUGUAACUGCUGGAUUUUGAACUGUUACAUUAGUGUGCAAAUGUGCAAUAAAGAAACACAAAAGAAA